GUCACAGCUGAAUACUCAUCCCUAACCAACCAAGACGCUCUUUGGAAAUACACUAUAACAAGGACUUCAUCAGCACUUGCAGUCAAUUCUAAAAACCAGACCAAAUUAUCAGGUUCCAUCCACAAUGAAGUCCAUGCUUCAAAAGGCUUUCCUAUGGUGCAUGUUGACCACACUUCUGCCGUGCAUCACUAGCAAACCUCUGAAUGGAGAUGGUUUGAGAAGGUUCAGUGUUUGGCUUCAGAGUAGGGUGAAGAGAGAGAGAAGCGAGAGCGACGUGACAGAUUUGCUGACUCAGAGAAACUGCGAUACAGAGUCACUGGUACCACAGCACAGAAAUGCGAGAGUAAAGCGGACAGAUCCAGCCUACUCCAUUAAAAGAGUGGAAAGAGCGGGCUGUAAUCUGGCCACCUGCUCAGUGCACGAGCUUGCCCACCUGCUGAACAUAAUGCAUGCAAAGACCAACAACGCCCCUACUGACAAGAUCGGCUCAAAUGGCUAUGGACGGCGACGGAGGCGUUCGUUACCAUCAAAUCACCCUGCAUUAACCUUCCAUGAAGGCCGUCUACAGCUGGCAUGGGUUCGAUCCAUUCUCAAAGGGAAUUAAGGAACCACACAGGAACACCUCUGCGGUUUGUCCUGAGCCUUUGAUUUACAUUGGCUUGGUUUACUGAGAUACUUCUGAUACUUCGUUUGCUGAACGUUAGUGUACUUCCUUCAGGCACAAAGGAGCAACUGGAGCAUCCUUCUCUCCAUCCUCUGCCCGAUGGGUUGGACAGAGAAGGAUUCGGGUCAUGGUUGUGGAAAAAAAGGAGUGCUAAAAAUGACUUUAAAAAAACUUAAGGGUUCUAAGCAAUUUGUGGUCAAUGCUAUGUGCAUGUGUCAUUCAUGUCAUUGUAAUGGCGCUUUGGGACUUGACUCUCUGUCUCUUCUGCAGCACUGAUGCGCCCUCUGCUGGAGAAUGAAGAAACUGCCCAGGACUCUACCAGCCCACCAUUUUCAUUGAAGAAGACAGAGAAUUGCAAGAGGAGGAAAGACUGAACUUUACGACUUAAAGCUAUUUACCUUGGGGGACCAAUGAUGAAGACUUUUUGUUGUCCUGGGGGACAUCCACAUACUUGAAGACUGAUUUAGCUAUGCUACGGGAGCUGUGGCAAUAACUCAAUUUAAUACUAUGUAGUAUAUUAUGAAUGUGUAUAAAGAUGUAUAUUAUGAAAUACUGUAUGUUAAAAGUUCAUAUAUUUAUAUCUACAUACUGUACAUGUAUUCUUAAGAUAUUAUUUGUGUUUAUUGUGAAGUUGUUUAUCCUGUGAGUUCAUAUCGAUAUAAAGAGAUGCUUUUUUUCCACAUGAAUCAUUCCAUAAUGUGACAUAAUGUGUGUUAAUGAAUUACCUAUUAAACUCCGGAAAGAGUAAGGAAAUGUUUUCGUCUCAU